AUGAGUGUAAUGAAUUCAGAAUUUAGGAAUGACAAUGACUUCAUUAAGGAUGCAAUGGAACAACCAGUAGUAACAAUUGAUGAGACUCCUAAGAAGGCACCUAAGAGGAUUGCUAAGAAGCCAGUUUCAAAGGAAAAGUCAGUAAAGAUAUCACCUACAAGGAGAUCACCAAGGUUGCAUGCUCAAUCAAAGAAUGAAAACUCAAAUGGAGGAGCAUCUAGGAAGUUGUUGUUCAUGGAUCUGUUAAAUGAAGUGGAAUCUCAGGGUUUUUCUUGCCUAAGUCAAGCCACUGUUGUUGGUUCUAGCAGUACACCAGUUGAUAGCUUUAAUCAUGAUUACUGGGUUGAUGAAGUAAACAACACUGCUGCAGGGGAUAACACUGAUGCAGGGGAUAAGACUGAUGCAGGGGAUAAGGCUAAUGCAGGGGAUAAGACUGAUACAGGGGAUAAGACUGAUGCAGGGGAUAAGGCUAAUGCAGGGGAUAAGACUGAUACAGGGGAUAAGACUGAUGCAGGGGACAAUAGUGAUGGUGAUGAUGAGGACAAUGUGGUGCUAGAGAACACUACUGUAGAUGAAUGUCACCCCAUUGAAGACCCAAAUGCUCCACCAAUCUUUGACAGUGAUGAAGAAAAUGAUAUUGAUUAUGAAGAUAUUGUCAAGACAUACAAAGUUGGAGAUGAAAGCAGUGAUUCAAGCAGUAGUGAAGAAGACAAUGAAGAAGUUUCUAAUGAUGACAAGAAUAAUGAUAAGGAUAAUGAUGGUCCUGAAGUAAAUGAUGAUAAAUAUUCCAAACCAAAGCUUGAUUACCAGAAGUGGAAAGAAAUGUUCAAUAUGCACAGUGAUGAAGAAGAAGAACCAUUAUUCCCUGUAGAAGAAGAGGUGACUCCUGUUGAUCCUACUAAGAUGGAGGUAAAGUAUGCUUUUAAUAACAAGAGUGCUUAUAAGAAACAUCUUAGGGGUUACUGUGUAAAACAUAAUUAUCAGUAUACGGUCUAUAAGAGUGACAAAACAAGAUUAAGAGUGAGAUGUAGGUUUAGGGAAGAGUAUGGCUGUAACUGGUUUGUAAAUGCUAGCAUAAAAAGGCAUGAGCCUACUUUUAUUGUUAGGAAGGUUAAUCUAGAACACACUUGUGUUGCGGAUCCAAAGAGUUUUAACAGAUCCGCGGAUCCUGAGUUCGUAAAAGAUGUGGUACAUGAGAAGUUAAAGCAGACAGCUGGGGCCUUAAUUCCAAAGCCUAAACACAUUGCAAGAGACUUUUUUGUAACUCAUAACAUCAAUAUACCUUAUAUUUGUGCAUGGAAGGCUAGAAAUCUUCUUUUAGAAGAUCUGUUUGGUAAUUAUGAAGACAGCUACAAGGAUGUACCCAUCUUUUGUGCAAUGGUGGCUCAUACUAAUCCAGGGUCUGUUGCUAAAUACACUUAUGGGAAAAGAGAUAAGACAUUCAUGAGCAUGACUAUUUCUUGCUUAUGCAGUGGGCAUUCUUUGUAA